AUGUACACCACUUUCCGCUUCUUCGUCGACGCUUCCUUCGGGGUCGGGCUCUCAAAAGUGUCGUUCAGCCUCUCCAGCGUAUACCUCGGUCCCGACGCCGUAAAGGUACGAAAUCGCCAGCUGCACAAAACCCCAUACCGCAAAGACAAUGCAUAUCCAGUAGCCAAUCCUCUCCAGCGCGACCGGCGUCGCCAACUGAUUGCCCAGUCCGGCCACCUUGACGCCCAAGCUCUGGACCGCGACGCCCUUGCCGCGCUGCUCGUACGCAACACCUCGGCGGCGUAG